AUGGAAACGAAUCCAGUUUCACGUCUGCAUGGAAAACGUUCCUUUACUGGCAAACACAACUUGCUUCCUGCUACCCAACCCAUCGUUCCUCUUUCAAAUGAGACUCAGGAGUCAAAGAUCGAAGUUGCAUUCUUUACCUUUGGCCGUGGCUCAGUUAUUUGGAAGAUUUGGCCUGCAGUUUUAUUCUACACCAUUUUCUCCACGGGCAAGUUCUAUGCUCUCGAUCAUAAAUCACUAAUCGUUGUACUCGAAGAGAAGGCAAAGAUCCGGAGCCUGGCGAUUCCCAAUGUGCUAUUGACCGUCCUUGGUGUCGUUAUCGGCUUCGUGAUAUCGUACCGCGCCAUGUCAGGGUAUGAUCGGUACUGGCUAGGAAGAAGUAUUUGGAGCGAUUUGAUGCGAAACUCGCGAACUAUGGGACGUUUGGUGUGGUACCACGUACCUCCUCGUCUCACUCCCAAAACAGAUGCUGAAAUUGCAAGUGGUCAAUUGGACCGAAGUCAUGAAGAGCUAAUGAAGGUCAUGACUGAAAAAAGAAUGGGACUUGACCUUAUAGAAGGUCAAUUCGCCAUUGCGGUCAAACAUCAUAUUCGAGGUGAACUUGGUAUCUACUUUGAGGAUCUCUACCACUUGGUCCGCCCUUUACAUGACCAUGAGCACACCAUUGGCUCAAGCGACGCUGCCCUUUCGAGCGCUCUUCCAACCACAACCAAGGUUCGACGUAUCGCGUCCAAUUCCGCGCUUUCACGUCCAAUUGGCGAACCUAUUGACAAAGAUAAGGGGAAGUCCAUUAAGUAUCUCGGUGAUCCCAUAAUCCCCCCUAUAAAUGCCUACGGUACUUUCAGCAACAACUCCAGCCCGCCUAACGGGUCUCAUCGGAGCCUCCGUCACAUUUCUUCUACUUCCUCGUUGUCAAACGAGUCUGUGCGAAGUGAACACCAAGCCCUUCAUCCUUCACAAAAUCCAAACGCACACAAGAAGAUGACUCAUGUCGAUCCGGACUUGAUCCCCUUCUCCGGCGUUUUCCAUAACAUCAAGGAAUGGCUCAAGGGUCAAUAUUCGUCUUCUUCCUCGUACACACAAGUCCAGACGAGCAACGACAUUUGGAGAGAUACCCUGGGCUUCGAUGCAAGCCAGCGCAAAUGGAGUGGUCCAAUUCGGCAGAGAUUUGGAAAGGCAAAGCACGGACGAUCAUAUCCUGAAGCUCGCGGAGAAAAUCUUCCUCUUGAAAUAUUACGUUGCUUCAGCGAAUGGUGCAGUGUCCUGGAGGACAGAAACACCGUUCCAGGUACAAGUUUGGGAAGCUUGAUUGGCUGUAUCGCAGCGAUGGAGGAUUCGCUCGGGGCUCUUGAGCGCAUUUUGACCACCCCCCUUCCGUUUGUUUAUUCUGUUCAUAUACGCACCGUUUGGAUCUAUCUAUUCUUUCUUCCCUUCCAGCUCAUCGAUCAGUUCCUUUGGUAUACCAUUCCCGGCACUACAAUUGCAGCUUUUAUAUAUCUCGGAUUUCUUGCUGCCGGAGAGGAAAUUGAACAACCGUUCGGUUAUGAUGAUAACGACUUGGAUUUGGAUAUGUUUUGUCAGGAAAUUAUUCAUGUUGACCUUGAGAACCUCAAGAGGACGCCUUGUCUGAAUGCUUAUCUGCCACAAGCCCACAAACUCGCGCAUAAACACUCGAUGACAGUUACCGAAGUUGCUGAUGUCGAUCCUGAGACCAAAUGA